AUGUGCCUUCGACCAAAUCUUCAACCUCCAUAUUGUGAACAGUACGAGGUCACGAGUGAUUCGAUAACUGUCAUGUCACCAAAAUUGAGGGAGACAGCGAUAUCGGAGCAAAGGCACCGAUCUUUGGUUUCGGAGGUGGAUGAGUCGACCGAUGAACUUGUCGAAAUUCCCGGACCUCAGAUAAUUCACCCGGUACUUAUCGAGUCACCACCUUCAUCCCAUAUCCAAUCGGAAAUGAAACCUGGCGAGCACAGUUCCGGAAGUGUUAAGGGUGAAGCAGAAUGGACGAGAAGCCCAACAACACCACACAUACCACUCAUUUCGCUGGACCGUCAUGAUAUCGAAGAUUUACCGCCAGACGCCUUCGAGGUCACCUUCCCACCUUUUAUCACCGUUGUACCGCGACUGUUUACUACUAUCGACAGUACAGAGAGAGGAUUGCUACCGAUUCGCCCAGUGAGAUCGAAAAAGAUAGAGACAGGGGAGUUGAGAAGAAUAAAAUUGUUGAAUCUUUAUCGAUACUAUUUGAGGAAACCGUCGUGCAGAAGGAGGAUAGAUAAGUUGUCGGUAAACAGAAACGAGCAGAGCUAUUUGCAUUUUCGGUUCACGACGAGUUUAGUACAAACAAGUUUACCAAUUGGUCAGUUGAGGCAAUCGCGGUUAACGAUGGAAUCCGGCUCGAUUCAUUUUAGCCUUCUAAUUUUUAUCAUUAUCAACCUAUUCCACGUGCUUUAUGCGCAACAGUUAACUCCAAUUAUCGGUGGUAAGUGUGAUAUUAACAGUGCGGAUGUACCAAUUGGUGGGAAAGAAACACAAUUUUUCCUGAAAUGCGAGCAAAGUUUACAGUCAGAAACUGGUAAAGGAGUUUGGGUAGUAAAAAGCCGCAUUUUAUCAACUACAGCAUCAACAAUAGCUCAAACAAGUUCUCCAGCAACUAUAGCUACUGCAUUAUCAAUCGAUAAUAAACAACAAUCACAACAGUCAUUCAAAUCAGACAAUAUUAUCUGUGUGGAAGAUAAAAGUGCAAGGGAUGGAGAUCCGUGCUUGGUGUCACCGAUAUGCUUACAGCGGGAACAGGGACAACUGUCAUCAAAUUAUUUGCAAUGCGAUCAAACGUAA